AACUAUACUAUUAAUCCCAUUUAUUUAAUACUAGUAACAACUACGACUAAUUAAUCCUACAUUUCUUGUCCUCAACGAACACCACCAAGGCCUACGACGACGUUUCUAAUGAUGGAUUCUUCCAUGUUCUUUCCAUUCCGAGGGAAUCAUUCACACGACUCAGAACUUUUCAACACAUCAGCAUCAAACAACAUCGGUUGGCGAAUACUUCAAGAUUCACAAUUUCACAUCGACCAUAUAUAUAUAUAUCAUCAUACUAUAUGUAUCUAAUAAAUGUGUCUCUCAGUUUCUUAAAUCUUAAUCUUUCACUUCUUCGCUAAUCUCUAGAUUACUCCCAUUCAUUCCAUUUUGUUUCAUUAAUUAACCAAAUAAAAAACGAUGAGCACUUCUCAUCAACAACGUUAUCUCCUCUUCGCUUUCACUACGUUAAUAGUUUUCUUCAGCUUCAACACUACACCAGUUUCGGCUCGUUUGUUCCCCAACGUUUCCUCCAUCCCAAGGUGGAACACAUCCCACGCGCCACCUGAUAGCGCGUGGAACGCGUAUCGCAAUUUCACUGGGUGCCGCCCGGGAAAAACAUAUAACGGUCUUUCGAAUCUGAAAAACUACUUUCAUUAUUUUGGCUACAUCUCCAACGUGUCCUCGAAGUCGUCGAAUUUUAGCGACGAUUUCGAUGAUGCGUUGGAGGCAGCCGUUAGAGCCUACCAGAAGAACUUCAACCUCAACAUCACAGGGGAGCUCGACGACCCCACGAUGAACCAAAUCGUCAAGCCACGCUGCGGCGUGGCUGACAUCAUCAACGGAACCACAACAAUGAACUCCGGCAAGACAAACACCACGGAUUCACCGACGUUCCACACGGUAGCGCAUUAUUCUUUCUUUGACGGCCAGCCGCGGUGGCCGGUGGGGACACAAGAACUAACCUACGCCUUCGAUCCCGAUAACGCUCUCGACGACGUGAUUAAGACCGUGUUUGGCAACGCGUUUAGCAGAUGGUCAGAGGUGACCACGAUUUCUUUCCGCGAAACGGCGUCGUAUGUGGCUGCGGACAUAAGAAUAGGGUUUUACGGUGGGGACCACGGCGACGGCGAACCUUUUGAUGGCGUGUUGGGGACGUUGGCGCACGCGUUCUCGCCGACGAACGGGAUGUUCCACCUGGACUCGGCGGAGGACUGGGUGGCCUCCGGCGACGUGACGAAGGCGUCGCUGUCGAACGCGGUGGAUCUUGAAUCCGUGGCGGUGCAUGAGAUUGGGCACUUGCUAGGGUUAGGGCACUCUUCGGUUGAAGAUGCUAUUAUGUACCCUACGAUUACCGCGAGGACGAGGAAGGUGGAGCUCAACGAAGAUGAUAUACAAGGGAUUCAGGUUCUCUACGGUUCCAACCCUAAUUUCACUGGGACUCCUGCUACCUCUUCGCGUGAGAGCGACACGAGCGAUGGUGGUGUUCGGCACGUGGGAGCCACGUGCGGUGUGUUCUUCUCUCUUUUGUUCUUCGUUGUGUUUGGAUUGCACGUGUGAGUUUUUGUAGGACGGGUUUUUUUUUUUUGGUUGUUUGGGAGUUUUGUACAGGGGGGGCGUUUCUGAUACGCACGCGGGUAUACGGAUACGUAGUGUAUAGGAUUUCGUUUUGGUCCGAUACGGUACGCUUUGUACCAUCAUUCCUUAGCAUUCUUUUUGCGUGAUGGUCUAUUAAAGAAUAAUAAUAUACAGUUCCAAAAAUAAUUCUUUGAAACUAAA